AUGAUACCCCUGACGCCUGCGACGCCGGCCCCGUUCUCCGUGCUUGACGCCGAGGACAUCACGACCCUAGACGAUUCUACGGCGCCGACUACGCCUGACGGAAGCUCUUCGUUUAGCCCCAACCUCCGUCCUCAAGACGAUGCUGGUUAUCUCAACGUCAGUUCCCUGUCUGCGGCCAUUGCAGCUGCAGCCCCGGCUGUCCGUAAUAUCUGUUGCAUCGGGGCCGGCUUCGUUGGCGGGCCGACUGCGGCAGUAAUUGCGCUGCACAACCCCGAUAUUCGAGUCACCGUCGUAGACAAGGAUGAGACCCGUAUUCGGAGAUGGAAUUCAAGGCACCCCCCAAUCUACGAGCCGGGCUUGAAUGACAUCUUGCGCGUUGUGCGAGACGGUUCGGUGGGGUGUGGGAUCAACAACGAGCUUACCAAGCCCGGCGAUCUAGAUGCCUCUCGCCGCAAAACCGUUUCCUCUGAGAACUAUGACGGAGGGCGCACGGGAGUGCCGAUCAAGAGCGAUACCCCCAGGCAGCCAAACCUAAUAUUCACGACCGACAUGGCUCAGUGCGUGAGCGAAGCCGACGUGGUCCUCAUCGCGGUCAAUACUCCGACCAAGGGACGCGGAAACGGAGCAGGCUCCGCGACUAACAUGGCCGCGUUUGAGGCCGUGACGGCUUUGGUCGCCAGGCACGCGAGCCCAGGGGCCAUCAUUGUCGAGAAGUCGACAGUCCCAUGUCGGACAGCGAAACUCGUGCAAGAUAUGCUUGCGAUGCACCGACCGGGAGUCCCAUUUCAAGUUCUCAGCAACCCAGAGUUUCUCGCGGCCGGGACUGCCAUUAAAGACCUCCUGUACGCCGAUCGCAUCCUCAUCGGAUCCAACAAUACCACCGCCGGGAACCAAGCCGCCGCCGCCCUGGCGUCGGUUUACGCGAGUUGGAUUCCUCCCGCGCGCAUCAUCACCACCAAUCUCUUCAGCUCCGAAUUGGCAAAACUAGUAGCGAACUCAAUGCUCGCUCAGCGCAUCAGCAGCAUCAAUUCUAUCGCUGCCGUGUGCGACGCUACCGGGGCGGACAUUGACGAGGUGGCUCGCGCGGUUGGAGCGGACCCUCGCAUCGGCAGCAAGUUCCUCAAGGCCGGUAUUGGCUUUGGCGGAAGCUGCUUGAAGAAGGAUGUCCUGAGUUUGGUCUACCUGGCUGAAACUCUGGUACUCCCCGAGGUUGCGCGAUACUGGUUGGCCGUGGUUGAGAUGAACGAGUUCGCCAGAAAUCGUCUCGUGGCGCGAGUGCUCCGGUGUUUGAAUAACACCCUGACGGGCAAGAAGGUGACGGUGCUUGGCUUUGCCUUUAAGAAAGACACAAAUGACACGCGCGAAUCACCUGCGAUGGAUAUCAUUCGGGCGCUGGAAAAGGAGGGUCCGAAAGAGAUCGCCGUCUACGAUCCGCUCUGCACGUCAACGCUAAUAGCCGAGCAGAUCGGGCACUUCGCUGGGUCCGAUGUGCUUCGAAGCCAUGGUGGCCCAGUAACUGUUUACACGGACGCGUAUGCGGCGUGUCAUGGAUCCGAUGCUGUGCUCAUCACAACCGAGUUCGACGAAUUCAAGAAUGGCCCCGCGGAGAUGGACGGCGCAACUGGUGGAAUCGAGGGCACGCCAAGUCAAGUCUUGACCGACGAUGUCGACGACUACCUGAGGGGCCUUAACCCGAUGCCACCUUGCGAUGAGGAUUGCCCCGAGUGCCAGACGGAAGACUCUGGUUUUGCAACGGCGAGCUCCGGAACUGAGAAGCAUGACGGCCCCGUUCGGAAGGUCCGGCUCAACUGGACAAGAAUCUACUACAACAUGAAACGACCGCACUGGGUCCUAGACGGGAGAGGAAUUCUUGAUAUCCUACGCAUGGAGCAGAUUGGAUUCCGCGUUGAGAGUGUUGGCCGGCCAAGUGGUCUGAUAAGGAAGUCCGCUGGGCCAGGGAACCAUGGUUGGUCGUGA